UGUCAAUUGUUCAGUUCAAGAUGGCGCUGUCCUGUAGAAGGAUAUGCCGCGGGGCUUCAGUGGUCGUACUGUAUGGAAUACGACCUGUCGGGGUCAGUGUAGGUCUCUGCACACCUAGAUUGGCGUCCACACAAUUAAGUUUGUGGUUUGUUAGACACUACUCACCUUCACAAGCAAGGCAUGGGAUUGGUCGAAGCAUCAUGUCCAGACUCAAGUGGGUCAAUGAGAAAUAUGAGCGAAUGCUGCAGCGGCGCUUUCCUCGCUUUUAUGUUCUCUAUCACACCUUAAUGAGAGGUUUUCGGCUCCUGUUUCAAGAUGCUCAAGAAGUGAGAAGAAUCAAGACCCGAAUGAUCAUCAACAAUAUUGACCACCAGAUGUUGCCUUAUCGUGAGAUGGAGAAACUCAGGCAGUUCCGCAGGGACAUGAUCAAAGCUAUUCCCUUGGUCAUCAUAUCAGUACCUCCUUUUGCUAACUAUUUAGUCUUUAUCCUAAUGUUCCUCUAUCCUCGCCAACUCCUUAUCCGGCAUUUCUGGACCCCACAGCAGCUGGUCGAAUUUCAGGGAGUAUAUCAUACUCAAAGGGCACAACACCACUGGGCUAUAGUCAAAGGACUGGAGAGGACAGCAACUUCUGUCCAAGACAGCCGACUUAAAAGCCGCCUUACAGAGCUCUGCAGUAAGGUUCGAAGUGGUGUUCAUCCUGUGGUGUCUGAUGUCCAUGCAGUGAGAACGUUGUUCUCUGGACCUCCCUUCGGUAUCAGGAGAAUGUAUGCAGACCAGACGAGACAACUCUGUCCGUUGCUCUUCCUGACGCCCCACCUUCCAGCCUUCUGGGUUGGUCGACGCUUGAAUGGCCACGCCUUAGAACUCAUGCAGCUUGACCGUGCCAUUGUUCGAUUGGGCUUGCACCAGUUAAAUGAUGCAGAGCUCAGAGAGUUAUGUUACGUGAGAGGGCUGAAUCCAGACCGUCUGAGUCCCGGACAGUGCCGGGAAUGGCUCACACAAUGGUUGAAUUUCUCAACACACCUCAAAGAGUCUGAGACCUCCCUCUAUCUGCACUGUAUGGUACUGCUCACUGUAAACUACCCAAAACACCAACGUCACUGACCUUGGAGAGCCACAUGACUUCUUUUCAUUUCCCCCAUCAGUGACUUUACAGAAUUUAAUGGGAACCCCACCCAAGGGCAAAAUGCCAUGGGAACAAAGGUCAUAUGCAAAUUCAAAACGCACACCACAAGACCAGUGAAAGCUUUAUCAUGUGUGUUACAUGUCGUAGUAAAUAUUUCAGUUUCUUGAACAAUUUGUUUUUUUUUAAAAGGAGCUGUCAUGCUUUAAACUUUUUUGGAUAUGCAUCUAAUUUUUGUUUACUUGACUGGUGAACAUAAAGGGGGAUAUUAUUGUGAAAAAUGUGUGUGACAGACUAUAAUGACCAAAUAUGAUAUGUGCCAAAUGCAUCCUUUGGAAUUCGAACUCUGGAUUAUCUUAUCUUGGGACAUAUUCACUUAUAUAAUGCAAUGAUAUUAUUCUACUAGCAAUAGUUGUUUUGGGAUUUAAAGUUGUUUUCUUAUUCCCUCAACCCAUUUCACCUUUAAAACUACAAUUUCUAAGCUGCGGACAACUUUGACUGCUUGAAAAGGCAACUGUUUCUGUGACUGGUUAUAUUAUGCACCGACUAUAUGAAAAGCACACCUUCAUCUCAUUACAUUUUCUGGGGUAGUGUAAGGAACAGUCUGUCUUGAGAUGUUUAAAAUACUUAAAUCACCACAGUAAUUAAGAUUUUGACAACUGGAAACACGUUUACAUAGCCUAUAUAUAGAUACUACAAAUAAGGCAUAUUGUUUUAAUAUAACAAGCUAAAUUCUAUUAUGCAGCAUAUACACAUUUUAAUUAAGUUCAUGUAUUUAUUUUUAAUACUUAAAUCUAAACAAGAACACCGCACCUUGUUAAAUCCAAAAUAA